AGCCUCUGCUGAGGAGCUCUCUGUGAAUUGCUGAAGGUUCUGAAUAUCAUGGAAAGUGAGAAGUCUAGGAUCCCUCUCUACAAUUUUCAGCAAAGGAAGACAGUUGGUAUUCUCAAAGACCCACCAAUGUUGGUUCAUUCAAAAAACCAAGGUCUCAACAAAGUGGUGGACCUAAACCCACUGAAAGAUGCUGAUUUUAAUUUUGCUGUAAACAUUCCUGUAUCUCUUGCCUCCAAAGACCCAAACCAAAGGCCCCCAAAGCUAGGUAAGAACAUAGUGCCUCAGCCUCCUAAGAAAGCUAUGACAGCAGCUGCGCGCAGCCCCACAAACAGAUACAGAAGGGAGGCAGAGCUCAGGAACAAGAACAAGCUGCUGGAGUCUGUUAAAUGUGAACUGAGCAUAAAGUUGGCAGGAAUCCAGAAAGAGAUAAAAGAGAUGAAGGAACAUAAUGAUAGUCUGGAAAAAGAAAAUCAGAAGUUGAAGAGAUUUCAGGAAAGCUGCAUGUUGGUCUUGGAAACAAGGAAUUGUGAUCCAGGAGAAAAGAUCUUGGAAGAUGAAGAGGAGAACAAGAAGACACAAACUGAGAUAAUGGACUUAUCAGAGAAGCUUAAUGCUGAUCUUCAACUGUUUGUCGAAAUGGCUAAAGAGCAAAAAGAGAACUUUCAGAACACACAAAUGAAGUGGAAGCAAAUAGAGGAGGAAGAGGCCCACUUCCUAGAGCAGCAGCAGCGUUCUCACAAAGAAAUUGAAGAUCUUUUGGCUCUCUUGAAUCAGGACAACCACUCCUUGGAUUCAUCAUAGAAAAGGCUCCAGCAACAAGAACUUUCAUUAUUUUAAUGCAAAACAUGCAUUUUAUCAAUGUACUUUCACUACUUCCAGUGCUCUUAUUUUUGUUUUCUUAAAGAUAAUGUUUGCUCAAACUACAAGUGGAACUUAUUUUGUAUCUGUUCCAAAUCAAGAGUGGAUCAAGGGCCUCAUUCUCUUGCACUUCACAGUCGGUUAGGAGACUUGCCUUUUUGCCACUUUACUUGACUUUUGCGUCAUGCUUUUAAUACAGUUUCUUGUUAUAAAUAAUUCCUUCACAUUAAUAGAGCUGCAGACUUGCAAUGUUUAGUUUUCUUAUGAACUAUAUUUGUUUAAUUGCAUUUGUGCAAACGUAUCCUGAAAUUGACCAUUUAGCAGCUUAAAAGUAACAAGUGGGGGAAACAUUUAGUCAGGCUGGUGGAGUAAUCAGAUUUAGCUUUAGAAGCAGGACUAAGGUUGAUAAGAUGUUGGUAUGCUCCAAUUUCCACCAACCUCAGCCAGUCUCAGCAAUAGUUAGGGAUGUUUGGAAUUGUAAUGCAAAAAUAUCUGGAAGGUCAGAUGCUCCCUGCCCAUGUUCUAAAGAAACUGGUGGGGGUAAUCAUGAAUAGGUGUCAAAAUGCAAGUGUACCUUUGUCCAAUUGUUAAAAUAGAUUUUAGUAAUAGCUAGAUGGGAGGAAGUACAGUAAGUGUAAAUUUAAUACGUUAAAUGCUAUCAAUAAAGCUUUGUAUGUUUCCUAAAAGCCAGAACUACCAAAAUGUUGACAGUACCAGAUCAUAGCAACAUACCUUAGACUGCAGUUUCCAUUAUUUUGUUGUUAUGGGGACUAGAUUUAUCCUAAAACUAGGUUUUCUUACGUUCUAACCAGAGCUUGAUUAUGUUACAUUUUGGAUUACAGGUUUGCAGUUUGCAUAUAUUCCUCAACUCAGCCUUGAAACAGGUUCCCCAGGAACAAAGCUCGAAUAACAGGUAGAGAAAGUAAAAUUGAAGGUUGCCAUUACACUGAAUUACACUGAAACAGAGCUUGGAAAAGUUAUUUUUAGAUGAACUCUCAAACCCCCACUUAAUAACUAGGCUAGCUGGGGGAUUCUAGGAGUUGUAAUCCAAACUCAAGGCUGAGUUGAGGAAUACAUGCAAACUGCAAACCUGUGUCUUCAGAGGGAAAUGUUUGGAGGAACACAAUGAAGGACAGGAGGAAUUAUCGAGUUAAAGGAACAAACUAUUUCAGUCUUCUACUCUGUUGUGUUAUGAAAAUCAAUAUGAACAUGAAAAAAUGACUACUGCCUGUCUGUCUAGGUAGCAGUUACAUUUGUUUAAAAUGUUUGCCAUGGGGAGGGAAGAGAUAGAUAGGCAUGUUUCCAUAAAGCAAAGCUUAAAUGAGCCAUGGGAAAUUAUGGGCAAUAGCUGCUAUAUUAGAGCCAUGUGGUGUAGUGGUUUGAGAGUUAGACUACAAUUCAGGAGAUCAGGGUUCAAAUGUAUUAGGCCAUAGAAACCCACUGAGUAACUUUGGGCAAGUUGCAUUCUCUCAGUCUCACAUGAAGGCAACCUACUCUGAGUCAGUCUUGCCAAGAAAACUCCAAAGGCCUUAGGGCUGUCAGAAAUAACUGGAAGGCAUACAACAACAAACUGGUAAAUUAAACUGUUUUGUGUUGCUCAUUUUUAAUUAUGUUAAAGGUCUUCAGAACUUGCAUAUACAUCAAUAGAAAGGGUGUUCUCUUUUGGGGCCUCUAUGAAAAGGCCCUAUGCAUAUGUUAAACAAUUUGAUUUUAAUAACCAUUUGAGAAAAGCCCCUGAAUUACACUGCAGCAGCCUUAUUUAGGUGAAGGUAGUCCUUCAAUCCCUUUGGGCUUUAAUGAGUCACAUCAGAAUUUUAAAUUGGAUUUGGAAACUUAUUGUAAGGUCAUGACAUUCAUGCAAAGUACAUAUUUGUGUGUCUUAGCCCUUGGCAGCAUCUGGGCAGAUGGUCUACAAAUGACAUCUUGUGAAAAACAUCCCUGUCUCCUGGUUAUAGUAGUAUAUGACUACCAGAAAGUGGUGUUGCUGAUGGUGUAGAAGAAAUCAAUCCUACCAAGUAUUGGUUUAGAAACCACUCCUGUUUCUCCAUAUUCUGUUCUGACAGUGGCCUCUUGUCCUAAAUACAGAUUUCUCACCGGAAUUAUCAGAUGUAGUGGCACUCCCAUGCCCUUAAAAGUCGUCCAUAGUUAUUAAUGAUCAAUGCAGUAAAAUGCAUUUCGGUUUCUUCAUUAUUUCAAUUUCUUCACUGUCGAUGUAUUCCUUCCAAGGUCAUUAUUUUUGUUUUCUUUACUUUCAGCUGAAAACCUGCCUUUGCACUUUUCUCCUUGACCUUCCUUAGUAAUUGUCCCAACUCUAUGAUGUUUUCUGCUAAUAGUAUGGUGUCGUCCACAUAUCAAGAUUGUUAACAUUUCUUCCUCCUAUCUUCACUCCUUCCUCUAAAUUUAAACCUGGUCUUCCUAUGAUAUUGUCUACAUACAAAUUGAACAAAGAGGGUGAAAAAAUGUAGCCUUGCCUGACCCCCCCUUUGCCCCAGGUAACCAGACACCCUCCUUUUCCAGGAUAUGCCCUACAUUUCAACCUUCUGUCCACCAGGAAUUCCAAAACAUCCUCCAUUUAUGCCUUCAUUUUCAGCAUAAGAGGCAUGAUUUUGCAUUUCUAUGAAUGUUUUCUCUUGCCGGCCCCUAUUCCUGGGAUCACCUCCCUGUUAACUUGCAGACUGCGUCUUCUCUUGCCCUUUUAAAAUCCAAACUGAAAACUUUUUUUUGUUUGGUUUUC